GCCACCCACGCCAAUGGGUGUUGACUCGUUUCUCACAGCUAGCGUCCGAGUCUGCAUGAGAGGGGGUGACUCACGGGGCUUGUGGGGAGUUCCCCCUACUGGUGCUCUCACUCAUCACAUGCCUCAGGGGCUCGGGACCUUCUCCCCCUACCUCCUCCGACCUUAACUGGCCGCAGGGGUUGGAAGGUUCCCCUACCCCAAGUACUUCCCUACCCUUCCCCCCCCAGUUCAGUCCGGCGGUAAUACUCCGCCGCUACCGAACAACAAGAGAAGGGGGAGGGGACCACUGGGAGCCUAUCCACCUAGGAUAGUUCACACGAGCACUUGCUGAUAUGAUGGUUUUCUGUUACUUUUAAGGACCUUUUGUUGUUACUCCGGGGGUUUUUAGUUCUACCUCUUGUCCUAUCCCUUACUUCAACAGAAGUUUGACCUUGCUCACUCAGUAUUCUCAACUCCGGGCCCGACAGAGUUUAUUUUACCCAUAUAACAAGUGAGCCUAGGCGGAGGCAGAGACUAUUCCCCCCCUCGUAACUAUUCUACGUGGUUUUAAGUGCAUGCCCCUACUUUAAGUCCUUAUUCAUACGGAGCGAGCCUUAGAGCUUACUCCGGCAGUUUCUUUUGCAUGCCACUUAUACGUAGAACACUAUCCGUCGGUCCUACUCCGGCACCCCCGGAUAUUUUGCAUAUUUUUACCACCGGAGGUUGUCAUUGGUACUCAUGUAUCCUUUGACUUACAGAUGUCGUGCUGCCAGGAGAUUGGGUGCAGUGCCAUCCUUCAAGACCCAUGCGGCCAUAUAGUUUGCCGCUCCCAUGCUGGAUGCGCAGUGAAGGUGGAGGACUUUCUAGUUUGGUACCAUGAAGCCUGCCAAACCUGCUACUUGCUAGUAGGCGAUGCCUCACUAGUAGGAUCUGACGAGGAGAAGAAGAAGGCUUUGACUACCCUCAAAGCAUGGGUGGGAGGAUUUGGCCGAAACUCGAAAGGCCGCCCCUACAUCCUUACCCAGGACAUGGCUGACCUGAUAUUCCCCGGAGCCAAGAAAGGAUCAGUGGUGGACCCCGUAGUGGCCGCCCCCUUGCUGGCCGACCUCCAAGUCAUGAUCUCCCUUCAGGAUGGGGACUUUCCAGAGGAUGUAGCGGAAGACUUCGCGGCAAUGAACCUCGACGUUGAACCCAUGGCUAUAGACUCGAUGUGUACAGGUAAGGGUGUAGUAGGGGCAGCUUCUACAGGUUCUCAGGGCCCUUUCCUGAGUUCCCUUUCUCCAUCACCUUCCACUGAUCCUUCUACUUCUACUUCUUUCCGGGGCUUCACUGAAGACCAGCGGUCUGUCCGUCCUAAGGUUGCUUUUGUGAUCCCCAAGGCUAAGUCGACUGAGGAGAAACUUAAGAAGUCUCUCCCCAAGAAAUCGGUCAUCUUGGCAGACGCUGUAACUCCAGCUCACCACCCCGGAACAGUUAAAUCAAGGGAUGCCUCUUCGUCAGCGUCGAGGUCCCCCAGACGUAAAUCUCGUAAGGAUCGGGUUCAAGUCCCUCCUUUCGAUCCCGAAUCCUUCUCGGCCAACAUCCUGGAGCAGGUGGGAGUUAUCGUAGGGUCCUUGGUAGACAACAAGGUCGGCUCGGUACUCUCCCAGCUCUCCAGUUCUGUUGCGUCUUCCGGCCAGUCGAUCCAAUCGCUGGUGGAACGGCUGGCUGCUCAGGAGAAUGCCAUCGCCGGGAUUCAAACCACGAUCACGGCAGGAUCCCCCCUAGCUGUGCCACCUUCUCCUCUCCCAAUGCCAGAUUCCAGCCAACUGCCGGAAUUCAAGGCGGCCAAUCCUUCGAGGAUUGCCUCAUAUGACCCUUUUUGUCAACGGAAUGUUGACCAUCGAAGGCAUCGGAACUCGAAGGCGGGAAGACUUCGAGUUCCACUGACUAACGGAAGCAGCCAUGAUGAGAGAGGACAAAGUUCCCAAGGAGACAGUCAUCCUUCCGAGGGAACAGGCGCAGCAGACUCUACUGAGAAGCCUAGAGGAAUGGGGAUGUGA